UUUUUUAUUUAAUUUUUUUUCCUGGAAAAUCUAAUUGGCUUAACAACAAUACGAAAAGGAAAAGGGAACUAAAAUAGGGGAUUAAUUAGGAACAUCAUCGACGACAAAUCUGGAAUGUGUAAUGAAGUGCGAAGAAACAAAUGGGCGAUUUGGGGAGAAAGAUUAAAAGGGAAAAUUAAUUCCUGGUUUUGGCUUUUCUCCUUCCACAAGAAAACCCUAGAGCGUUAUCUCCUCCCUCCCUCUCUCUCUCUAUCUUUCGUUUCUUUCCCAUCUAUCUUCUGGUGUUGUUCGAUUCGAUGUAGGAAGACGAGCGAGAUGGGAGUUCUGUUUUGAUUUCAUGCAAGACCCAUUUCCUUGAUUUCGCCUUCUGCUUUGAAAUUUCCUGGCUUUUGCGUUUCUCGAGAAAUUUUCCAAAGGCGAGACAUAAAAUUCUGGGAAAAUCCACAGACCAUGACGGAAGGGACGGGAGUGAUCAGGAUAUGAAUUCGGGAAUUUUCAUCGUUUUGAUUGGAUUCGAUUCAGGCGAGAUGCAUGUUGACGGAGACAAAAUCUCAGCAGAAAACAAUAAGAAGAGAAGGCUUAAAACGCCUGCCCAGGUUAUGGCCCUGGAGAAUUUUUACAAUGAGCACAAGUAUCCGUCCGAAGAGAUGAAAGCUCAGCUUGCAGGGGAAAUAGGACUAACAGAAAAACAAGUUUCCGGGUGGUUUUGUCAUCGGAGAUUAAAAGACAAAAGAUCAUUAAAAGAUGAGGGAAACGCCACUGUUGGGAGGCAAGAUCGGUCAAGUGUUGUUAUUCAAGAUCGUGGAAGCGGGCAUAGGCAAGAUUCAUGUGGUAGCACUAAGCAAACAGAUUAUAAGAAUUUCGAGCCAAGGGAAGUUGAAAGCCAAAGGCUUUAUGGAAGUAAGUACAUGGGGAAUGUUGAUGGUGUGGAUAGUACAUCCUCAGAAAGCAGCUCGUCAUUACAUGAACGCGUUGUUUCUGGAAAAGAUGUCCGAGAUGAUGCGGAAACUUCUAGAUACGUAACGCGUAAUGGAUCUGCCACACCGGUAGACACUCAGGUUAUGAGAAACUAUGGAUAUAAGCCCUCGGGCUACUUGAAACUGAAAGGAGAAAUCGAGAAUGCUGCUAUUAUUGCUGUAAAGAGACAGUUGGGAAGGCAUUACCGGGAGGAUGGUCCGCCUCUGGGGGUUGAAUUUGAUCCUCUUCCUCCAGGCGCGUUUGAGAAUUUACCAAACGAAAUAGUUCAUGUUGGCCCUUCUCUUUCAACUGUUUUGCUAGAGCCAAUCUAUGUCGGGAAUCAACGAAGAUCUAACCAUCCACAUCUUGCUGGAAAUAGGAAGAACCCUAGUCCUUGUCCUAGAUAUGAAGCUCAUGACUCGAAGAUGGGCUCUCCGGAACCGUUUUUGGAGGACGAAAACGAUGACGACGCAAUGGUUGGAGUCGGACCCAGUUUUAGAGGCAAGAAAAGCCAUCAACAACCGAGAUUGAAAUCCCCAUCUCUUAACCAUUUCACCACAUUUCCCAAUCCCAACUCUCUAAAAGAUAUGGGCAAAGAUUCUCCCCUCGAAACCCCUCUAUAUAACAGCAAGAAGAGUUGGAUAAGCUCCAAGCCUGGACCCGAAGGUAUGAGAAACGAUCCGGUUCCUAACCGCCAUGAUCGGUAUAGCAGCAAUCUUGAAAUUAGUCGGGCUUCCCCAUAUGAUUAUGAUAACCAUAUACCUGAGACGGGUCACAAAAGCGGACAUUCCGCUAAAUCUUCAAACCUGGUGCCUGCGAGUGGCAAGUCCCCUGACUCAAUGGAGAGAGGUCUAUCUUCUGGGAGGGCCAAGGUAGGAAAGUAUCAUGGGGAGAGGAAUCCUGUGAAAAUGUACAGGGAGAAGUUGCAUGUGACAGAUGAACCACCGGUCCCCAAAAGAACGAAACAAAGCUACCUUCAGCACUGCUAUACGUCAAAAGCACCAUACAAUGAGAUAAUGGGAUGUAAAAGCCAGACAAAAGGAUCUUGUCUGGAAGUACCGUCGAGCUUCAGCGAGGACGAGACAGCGGAAACCAGUUCUUCCAUGGACUGAGAGAGUAGUGUAUAAAAAGCCUUUAACAUUAUUGACAUGAAAACAAUCUUAGAUUUUCCGGUUACCCACUGUACCAAAUGGGUUAAGCGUACCGAAAUCGAAGAUAGGGGUUUCGGUUUGUAUAUAUGAUGAAACCGGUGGGGGGUUACGAUGUGGAAAGUUACCGACUGUUAUUGGUGCGUUAUGUUUAGAGCUUUCAGUAAUUUUAGUAUUCGUAAUUUA